AUGCAAACACGCCCUAGGGUUUUGACUCUGCUGUAUAUAUAUGUUAGCAUUUCGAUGUUUGUCUUUCGUACUUCUCUGCGACUUGAGGCUAGGGUUACCGGAUUCUUGCGUUUUAAUAUCUGCAAUUCAGAAGCAUGGGGCACUCCAAUGUGUGGAAUUCUCACCCUAAGAACUACGGACCUGGUUCUCGCACUUGCCGUGUGUGUGGGAAUCCUCAUGGAUUGAUCAGGAAAUAUGGGCUUAUGUGUUGCAGGCAGUGCUUCCGAAGCAAUGCCAAGGAAAUUGGCUUCAUCAAGUAUCGGUGAAAGAUUAGUUUUCCACCUGCCCCACCCGGUUUGGAUUCUUGCAUCAGGCUAUGAUGACGUGGGGAUGAUUUUACUGUUUGAAGAACUUAAAAUUUUUUGUGACAUUUAGCAAAGUUAAUUAUCAAACUCAAGUUGUGGAACUAAGAAUAUUUUUGUUUUUUAUAUAAUUGUUUUGAGCUAUCUUCAUCUUU